CAGACAUCACAAUGGAAACCACCCUCUGUUUCUCUCAACACCCAUGGCUUCUUCUACUCCUGCCCCUCGGCCUCUGCAAACUCUUGUCCUUCACUUUAUCCGUUCUGAAAUGGGUCCACGCCUAUUUCCUCCGGCCCGCGAAAAAUCUCAAGAAAUACGGGUCGUGGGCUCUGGUGACCGGACCCACUGACGGCAUCGGAAAGGCAUUCGCUUUCCAGCUGGCUCAGGAGGGGCUCAACGUAGUUCUGGUGGGUCGGAACCCGAUGAAGCUGAAAGAGGUUUCCGAUGGGAUACAGGGCAAGUACGAGGGCCUGAAGGUUAAGACCGUGCUGGUUGACUUCUCCGGCGAUUUGGACGGCGGCGUUCGGCGAGUCCGGGAGGCGGUCGAGGGGCUGGACGUGGGAGUGCUGGUGAACAACGUGGGGGUGACUUAUCCGUACGCGAGGUUCUUCGACGAGGUGGAUGAGAAGCUGCUGUCGGCGGUGAUAAAGGUGAACGUGGAAGGGGUGAGUAAGGUGACUCAGGCAGUGUUGCCGGGGAUGGUUGAACGAAGGAGAGGGGCGAUAGUCAAUAUUGGGUCCGGCAUGGCGGCGGCCAUCCCGUCCGCUCCGCUGCACGCUCUUUAUUCUGCCUCUAAAGCGUGGAAUCUCCCACCCCAGGAGCCUCCCACCCUGACUCGACAGGAUGGUGGGGAGGUUAAUCACGGUGACUCAGUCAGCAAAGCGGUGGUAGACCUUAUACACGUGCGCAUCAGAGGUCCAGCCUUAUUUCAGAUUCUGUAACCUCUACACGACCGCUGCAGAUAUGUUGAUCAAUUUUCAAGAUGUCUACACAUGGAAUACAAGAAAAGCGGGAUUGAUAUACAAUGUCAGGUGCCGUUAUAUGUGGCCACAAAAAUGACAUCAGUCACAGAGUCUUCAUUUUUCAUUCCAUCCGCGGAAGGCUAUGCUGGGGCAGCGUUACGGUGGAUAGGAUAUGAAUGUCGGUGCACUCCUUAUUGGCCUCAUUCUCUUCAGUGGGCUCUCAUCUCUCUGCUGCCUCACUCCAUCGUUGACGCUUGCCGCUUCAAAUCCUGCCUUGCAAUUCGAAAGGCGGGACAACAAAAUUCCAGCAGAUCAAUGCAAGUGAUCAAAUAAGAUCAAUACAUUCCAAUAUGUAUGUAUAAUAAUUACAAAAUACAUAUACACGUGAUUGUAAUACGGAGUAUAAAGUAAGACACUUUCAGUUGAAUUCAUAUCCUCUAUUGCAUUCAUAAAAUACGUG